UGCCCCUGAAGGUUAUCAUUCAGGUCAGUAAACAGAACGUCUCGCAAGAAGACGAGCUAUUCCAUAAUACCCACUUUCUAUAUAGAGACACAUCAACGCAGGCUCUGUCAGUGUGUCCACGGGUACGUCAACACCGAGAUUCAAGCACAGCAAAAGAGACUUCUAAGCAAGGACGAUGUUUGAGUGUUUAACUCAGUGGUGGCCCCAGUCUGUGAUAACCCAGGCUCUUGUUGUUGGGAGUGUGGUUGGAGUGAUCGCCUAUAAUCUCUUCAAGAAACGAUACAACCUACCGCCAGGACCAAAGGGAUGGCCGUUAGUUGGAAACCUUUUGGAGGUGCGAGGGACUCUCCUGUUCCGAAAACUCCGCGACUGGAGCAAAACAUACGGUCCAGUUAUGACGAUUCAGCUGGGUACUCUCAAAGCAGUUAUUCUGAGUCGAAUAGAUGUUGUAACGGAAGCUCUCAUUACAAGACAAGCAGACUUCGCAGGAAGGCCGAAUACAUAUGUUGUAUCUCAAUUAACCAAGGGAGGAAAAGACAUAGUCAACGCAUCGUACGGCCCAAGAUGGAAGUUGCACCGGAAAAUUGCAUCCAAAGCGCUCAGGCACUAUCUAAUGGGAGACAACCUCAGCCGGAAAGUGUCCCAAUCACUCAACAUCACUACAACGUUGAUGAGAAAGGAACAAGGAGCCUUUGAUCCUUUCCCCUACCUGUCACUCUCGAUCUCCAACAUGAUGACAGGAAUGUUGUUCAAUAAAAUCAGUGAAAAUGUAGACUCUGAAUACUAUAAAGCGUACGUCGUCACCCUGGACGAUUUUAAUGAAAGAAGCUGGAGAAGGAUUUCUGGAAGAUUCACCCCCGCUUCGUCUGUGCCCAACGCCUAG